CUUUCUUGGACACUUGAACAACCGUGGCAGCCUCGUGAGCAUGCGAGGAGGGUUCGUCGUUCUCGCGGCAUUGAUCGGAAUCGUGCAUGGUCGCGAAGUUCCUUGGCGGCAUGGCGUGCCAUCCCUCUGCUUUGAAAUGUUUGCGUCGCCUGAGGCCCUUGGCUUGGGCGAAGAUCUCGUGGUGUCGUGGACGAACGUAGACACGCAUGCCGCCGACUACGUUACGUUGUCGUGUGGUCCCACCGUCGACAACGACGACUACAUCGAGCGCAUCAAUGUCACGGCAUCGUCCAGCCAUUCCGUGCGUUUUGCCGACCUCCACAUGCUUCGAUGCGUGUACGUGGCGUCGUACUUUCACUAUCGCCGCGACGCGUUUGUCCUGCUUGGGCAAGUGAUCGUGCCCAUGCGCAUGUCCAUCGACUCUCCGCAACACGGCCACCUCGCGCUCAACGAUCGAGUCGAUCAAAUGGUGCUCAUGUACAACACCGCAUCCAACCGAACGACUCCAUCCGUCCGAGCAACUCGCGUCGCCGACCCACCGUUCGAUUCGGUGGCCGCCCCAGUGACCGUGCAUUAUGGCACAUCGUCCACAUACACUGCAUCCGACAUGUGCCACCAACCAGCCACGAUUGUCGGCCAGCAGUGGUUUCGCCACCCGGGGUACAUGCACACGGUCGUCAUCGACGGCUUGUUUCCAGAUUGCAUGUAUGCGUACCAGUUUGGAAACGACAUGGACGGAUGGAGUGAGAUUUACACCUUUCGCUCGCGGCCUCUGUCCGCCACCAACGCCACUGUGAAAUGGAUUGCGUACGGCGACAUGGGCGUCGACAAUUCCCCCGCCGCUGUGUCCACGGCGCUCCAUGUAUCCCAGGAUAUUCUCCGCGGCUACAAUGGCUUCCUCUUGCAUUUUGGCGACAUCAGCUAUGCCCGCGGGCGCGGACUCCAAUGGGACAAGUACUUUUACCUGAUCCAAGACGUUGCCACCCGCAUACCGUACAUGGUGAGCAUGGGCAAUCACGAGUACGACUACAUUGGGGGCGACGGGAGCCGGGACCCAUCCCACCCUGCGACCCCCAACGGCUUUCACCCAUCGUGGGGCAACUACGGGGUCGACUCGCUCGGCGAAUGCGGCGUGCCGACCGUUCACCGAUUCACAGGUCCUGCCAACGGCAAUGGCCUCUUUUGGUACUCGUUCGACUAUGGUCCCAUCCAUGUGGUCCAAAUCUCGUCCGAGCACGACUUUAUGCCUGGAUCGGUGCAACAUGCAUGGCUCGAGGCCAACCUGGCCAGUGUCGACCGCAGCUUGUUGCCGUGGGUGGUGCUGACCGCCCAUCGCAUGAUGUACACGACUCAGUCCCACGAAGAUGCCGACUACAACGUGUCGCUCCAUUUCCGAGCAGCCAUCGAGCCAUUGCUGCGCCAGUACCGCGUGAACCUGGUUUUGGUAUGGCGCAAAUCCCCGCUUUGUUUUUACAUAUCGUGUCGGAGUAAUGCGCGAACGGGUCGGCCAUGACAUAGGUCGGUCACCAGCACUCGUACGAGCGCAGCUGCCCCGUGUGGAAUGGAACGUGCGUCCGCGAGGGCACGGUGCACAUUGUCGCAGGAGCUGCGGGUGCCGAGCUCGAAACGACGCCGUUUUCACCAGCGUUGGGGUCGUGGAGCGUCGCGCACGCGAAUGCAUGGGGGUAUUUGCGAGCCGAGGCAUCGAGCGACGCGCUGCACAUUGCGUUUGUCCGCAACGACAACGGCAACGUGUACGACCAAGUGACGUUGCACCCGUGGAAAGAAAUCCAUAUCGCGAACGAGUAAUAGCCAUACGAGAGACGAGUUAGAGAAAACGGAUGUCACUAUGCCGUAUGUUAGUGCACAUUGUAACGACAACGGAAACGGUACGACCAAGUGA